UAAAAAGAAAAAAACGGACAAUUGUGCUCAGACGUCUCGAAAACUCAGCCUUCGUUAUUGGUCUCUUUCGCCACCUCUCUGCAGACUUCUCGAACCCACUCACUCUGUUUCCAAAAACUUCAAUCAAAUAUAUUAUAUUUUUUUUCCCCUUUUCUGUGAGAUUUAUAUCCUCUUGGGUUCUUGAUACUACUCUCGCUAGAUCGAUUACUCGGUGGGGAGGUUCGUUUCAAGAAAAUGGAAGAGAAUAACAAGGAUAAGGAGAAAAAAUCCGUGUUUACGUUCGAAGACGAUGAAGAUAACGAAGAUCUAGAAGGGAGCAGUAAGUACGAGAACGACAGUGAAACUGAUCAGAGCGAUCUCGGAGAUCUUCCUGGCGAUGCUGAUCGUGACGACGACAACGAUGAACCUUUCAUUUCUCAGGUUCAAUGGCCUCAGAGCUUUCGGGAAACGACUGAUUCAUAUACGAUUGCUGCAUCACCGAUCUUCGGGUCUCUGAGGAGUAAUCCCAGUUUCUAUAGAGCGAGCAGAAGUAAUUUAGGAGGAAGUCAUUUAGAUGUUGAAUCAAAAGCCCCUUUGCUCCCUGAGAGGAAUGAAGAAUCUGACAAAGCCUCAGCUACACAAUCAGUUUGGUCUCAUAAAGGCUCAUUUGCUGAAGAGUUACCCAUUGGUGGCUAUGGAUGCAGCUUCACUCAGACCAUUUUCAAUGCUAUUAACGUAAUGGCUGGAGUUGGACUUCUCUCAACACCUUAUACAGUGAAAGAAGCUGGUUGGGCAAGUAUGGUGAUUCUUCUCUUAUUUGCUGUUAUCUGUUGUUACACUGCUACUUUAAUGAAAGAAUGUUUCGAGAACAAAACUGGCAUUAUCACUUAUCCUGAUAUUGGAGAGGCAGCUUUUGGGAUUUAUGGUCGUAUUCUUAUCUGUGUGCUAUUGUACACAGAACUAUAUUCAUAUUGUGUUGAAUUCAUCAUUUUGGAAGGGGAUAACCUUACAGGGCUUUUCCCUGGUACAUCCUUGGAUUGGCUUGGGAUCCAUAUUGACUCUAAACAUUUAUUUGGAAUCUUUACUGCUCUCGUUGUUCUGCCAACUGUUUGGUUGAAAGAUCUCCGCAUCAUUUCCUACCUCUCAGCUGGUGGAGUUAUUGCAACCGUUCUAAUAGCAGUAAGCGUGUUUUUACUCGGUACAACGGGGGGAAUUGGGUUUCAUCACACCGGGCAGGCUGUGAAAUUGAAAGGGAUACCGUUUGCUAUUGGUAUUUACGGAUUUUGCUAUUCGGGCCAUUCUGUGUUCCCAAAUAUAUACCAAUCCAUGGCUGAUAAAACCAAAUUCAACAAAGCAGUGAUCACAGUUUUCAUUUUAUGUGUUUUGUUAUAUGGAGGAGUUGCAGUCAUGGGAUAUCUUAUGUUUGGUGAAGCCACCUUGUCUCAGAUUACACUAAACAUGCCACAGAACCAGUUUUUCUCAAAAGUGGCACAGUGGACAACGGUUGUCAGUCCUUUUACAAAGUACGCUCUCUUGAUGAAUCCACUUGCAAGGAGUAUAGAAGAACUAUUACCCCCAAGCAUGUCGGAGAACAUAUGGUGCUUUCUUCUUCUAAGAACAGCACUAGUUGCUUCCUCUGUUUGUUCUGCUUUCCUUAUCCCAUUUUUUGGUCUUGUGAUGGCUCUUAUAGGAUCUCUUCUCAGUAUACUCGUGGCAAUAGUAAUGCCAGCUCUUUGCUUCAUGAAGAUAAUGGGGAACAAAGCUACAAGAACACAGAUGAUUCUGAGUUCAACAAUUGUGGCCAUUGGGGUGGUCAGUGGAACCUUGGGGACGUACUCUUCGGUUGCAAAGAUCAUUAGGAACUAUCAAUGAAGAAACUCCGUGAAAUAUCCCCAUAGAUUUUCUAUCCUUUUCUUUGAGUUUACUUUUUUUUUUUUUGUUGAAGCUAAUAAGUCUCUGGUUAAGAUUAAUUUGGACUUAAAAGUUAAUAAAAACUAGUUUGCUUUCUCAUGAGUUGUUACGUUUGCUUUUGUA